AUGUUGGAGACUUCAGUCUCCAUAUUCUCAGAAGCAAGGGCGUUGCAUGAUGGAAGCAGCAUACCUAGGCGGCCCAAUGCUGGUCUACUAUUUGAAGACGUCAAGCAGGAGGCUGCUAAUUAUUCCGGCAUUGAUGGCUUGAAUGGACCGAAACUGUUUGGAUCAGCAAAAAGGACAUCGCUGGAUGGUGGUUCAGGUAGGAGGGCGGCAAGAUCUGUAGAACCAACAAGAUCAGCGUUGAAUCUGGUCAAGCUGGAGGACGAUAUGCCACGAGAAGGAGAAACAACUUCUACAACGUUUGCAUCCCUUCUUGAUUCAGCGAUACAAGGAUUGAUGCCCUUCCCAGACGUGAUUUUACAAUUUGAGAGGACAUGUAGAAACGCUUCCGAGUCACUAAGGUUUUAUAUUGCCUUACACUAG